UUUCAGUAGCGGCCAAUUUGUGCGCGGCCACAGCGAGACUGCAAUCACCACAAGCGAGUCUCUCGACUGUCCCUCUGACUCUGAGCCGUCGAGCGGGCAUCGGCGCCUCGUUUCGCUGGUUCAACUGACAUUACGUCCAUCGACGUUCGCAACACGUUACAUCUUCUUUUGUUGACUCCGACAACCGCGUAGUGACACUAUCAUGGCAGAUAAAGGCCGCAAUGCAGCGAGAGGAGCUCGAGGAGCAGGCGGUGCUUCAAGAGGCCGAAAUACUCAGGCACAACCUAUGAUGGACAGGCCGAAGCGCGAGGCUAUCCUUGAUCUGUCCAAAUACGUGAACGAACGAAUAAGAGUCAAGUUUACAGGCGGACGGGAGGUGACCGGUGUGCUGAAAGGGUACGACCAAUUACUGAAUCUCGUUCUUGACGAGGUGCAAGAGCAGCUCCAGGGUGAAGGAGAGCCGCAGACGCGCUCGCUUGGUUUGGUCGUCCUCCGUGGGCCUACCAUCACUCUUCUGAGUCCCGUGGACGGCUGGGAAGAAAUUGCGAAUCCUUUCAUAGCUCAAGAGUAGCUGUCUCUGAAGUACCGGACAGUACAAAGAGAACCCAAUAUUGAAGUGGGAGCAAUACGGGAGCAUCUUGGAGCGGACUCUACAAAUCAUUGGCUGUUGAUUGAGCGAUCUCCUUUGCACGGCGGUUCGUUCUGCCCGGUGAUGCCAGCGCGACUGGCCACAUCCUUUGCGUGCUGGUCCACCCUGCUUCCAUGUUCAUUGACUGGCGAUGCACUGUAUCACGGUGUUCAUAUCAUCGUGCAAGAUUGUUGGGAUCUCACCGUAUAGUGUGUCGGAUAAUUAGCUCGCCAUAAGUGGGAUUUCUUGGUCACUUCGCUACCAAGGAAUGCUCGAAGUGCGGAAUCUUAAGCUUGAAACUAAUCACUUGUUGAGCGUUCGAACGUUGAAAUUGAUGAACUCCCAU